AUGAUAUCUCCAGCCAUGUGGAAAGGAAUCUCAACGGUUCGCCAAUUGGGCCGGGUUGCUAGCCUGCAACCCCAACGCACACUCGCCUCAACCGUGCAAGCUCGCAGGACCUUCACAACCGUCCUACCCCGUCAAGCAGCUCAGCCGCAGGACGAGGAGGACCACUACCAUGACCGCAACAAGCUAGACCCGCAGCGCACGGAGAGCUCUCAGUCGGGUACGACGGACGAGGUCGCGAGCCGGGAUGAGGCAUUUGAUCCGACCAGGACGUCGCCUGAGAGCGAAAUAGGUGCGUCGAGGGAAGAGACUAGAAGGAAGGGCGAUACUCGCGACCCAUUGGAUGUUAGUGGUGCGGAUAAAGAUGUUGGUGGUGCGAGAGAUCCGAUGGAGGGCGGUGCGCAGAAGAAUGUUGAUAAGGCGGGGCAUAGUACUAGGGGAUGGCCAAGGAAGAAUAGGGAGACCAAGGCCGGGAAGCGAUAG